AACACUUUCCGGGCCUAAAUUCAAGUGUGAGAGGAUUCUUUCUUCUUCAUUCUUCAGGACCCCAUCAAUGCUUUCAGACUUGUUCAACAGGAUCUCUUUAACACUGCUCUCGUGUUCGUGCAAGCUCUUAAUCUAGUUUGAAAUAAUUUCUUGAUGUACAACAGAAAAAUCAAGCUGUGAAAACUAUGAGGGCGAGGCUAAGAAAAUAUUGACUCUGCAAAUUCUUAAAAUUAGACCUUGAUGGCUCCAUACUGGGAAGUACCUUGACUAGUUGCUUUGCUUAACUAGUCAAGCUACCCAGGAGGAGAAUUGGAGCGAGGGAAGCCCUCGUUGUCACGAGUGCCAAAUCAAGAUUGAGUUCUUGGUCCGGAGGACUACAAGUACUCCGGAUUGAGGUGUUUUUAAGAGCUUAAAACAAGAGUUUGAAAACCCUAAAAGGGCUUCACUCAAGCGAAUGUUAAGUGAAAUUACGACAUCAGUUACAAAGUGUAGUAGUAAAACAUAUACACAAUCUAUUGAUUUUUUGCAAUUGGAAUGACGUUGAAUUUUUACAGUGACUGGAAUUAUGAUGUGGAUUCCACAUAGAUUUUAUGUUAAUUUCCAUGUAGAUUUUGUUAUUUUCUUUUGUAUUUUUGAUAGUUUCUGUUAAAUCACUCACAAUCACCUUUCUCAAGCAUUUCAUUAAACAUUUUCUGGGCAUCAAUUAUUUUUUGGGGGAUAACGAAAUUAUUUGAAGAUGAUAAUAUAUGAAUGGAUAAUAUUCUCCUAUCCCUUUCUCUUUCUUAGACCGACACAUGUUCAGGCUUUUCUUUAAAGUAAUGUAUGCUAGCUGUAAAAAGGAACGAUAAAGUUUCCAAUAAUUGAGUUCUGUACCAAAAAAGGUUUCCAAUAAUUGAGUUGGAUUAUUAGGAAUAUAUCACUAAAUGAUGAACCCCACAUCGUCUACUCCAGAAGUUUGUGGAAAAGGGAAAAUAAUUAAUUCUACAAUGUCCCUUUCUACAAUCAUCAAUAUAUGGCUAAAAGUUGAGAAUUCAGAACCACGGUCUCAUCUUCUUCAUUAAUACUGCUCUCAUAUUUUGCUCUUCUCUCUGCAACUCCAAAGAAUUAAUACAACCAUGGCGGCUUAUGCAGCUCUGGUUUCUGUUAUGCAUAUCAUAGAUAACCUUCAACUUCAUCCUCGCCCUCCUAUUUCUCUCCACACUAAACAAGUUGAGUCUCUCACUCAAAAGGUUACUUUCCUUCAAGAAUUUCUCGAAGGCUACAACCCUCAUCUUGGCUACAGCACAGAAGCGGACUCUUUGGAGAGUCGCAUUGCAGAUGCAGCUUAUGCAGCCGAAGACGUCAUUGAAUCUCAUAUUGUGGAUCAGAUCACAAAUGGUGCGGAGAAGAUAAGCUCCGAUGGCUUGUAUGAAGCUCUAGAGAAGGUGAUACAAGACAUGGCUUUGAUCGAAAAAGAGGCCAUGGGAGUUGAACAUCAGCUGCACAGAAACUCAACGCCUUCCGAUUCCCAGAGAUCUUCUUCCAAUGCGCUGAACAGCAGCAUGGUGGGAGUCGAGGAUGUCAAGCUUCAAAUGAUGGAUAUGCUCACUUCCAAUAGUCAGGAUCUCCUAAUCAUCCCCAUUGUAGGAAUGGGCGGGACAGGUAAGACUACUCUUGCUAGAAAUAUUUAUCAAGAGCGUCUUACUACCGAGCAUUUUGAUAUUUGUGCUUGGGCUACAAUCUCUCAAGAAUAUAGCGUUCGAGAAAUUUAUGCAGAAGUUCUUGGCGUUGAUCACAAUUUGAGUGAGCUUGAAUUAGGAGAAAAAUUGCAUAAACAUUUGUAUGGUAGAAGAUAUCUUAUUGUAAUGGAUGAUAUGUGGAGCAUUGAUGCAUGGGAUAGAGUGAGGAAUCAUUUCCCGGAUAUCAAAAAUGGUAGUAGAAUAGUCGUAACAACUAGGCUAUCAAAUUUGGCUUAUAAUUUACCCGGCUCCGAUAACCUUGAGAUGGGACUUUUGAGUGAGGCUAAUAGUUGGGACCUUCUCUCCAAAACUGUGUUUGGGGAAGAAGGUUGUCCUCUUGAAUUGGAGGAAAUCGGGAAAAAGAUUGGGAAAAGUUGCAAAGGACUUCCACUAUCAAUCACUGUAGUUGGAGGACUUUUGGCCAAGUCCGAACAUACGAGGGAAUUUUGGGAAUAUAUAGAGGAAAACUUAAAUGCAAUUGUGAAUUUAGAGGAUAACGAGCGUUGCUUGAAAAUCUUACACUUAAGCUAUAAGCAAUUGCCCGUUUAUUUGAAGCCAUGUUUUCUUUAUAUGGGAAUCUUUCCCGAAGAUGUGGUGAUUGCUGCUGCAAGGGUGGUUAGGUUAUGGGUCGAUGAAGGAUUUUUAAAACCAGUAAGUGGGAAAAGCUCGGAAGAGAUAGGAAAAGGGUAUUUAAAAGACCUUGUGCAAAGAAAUCUCAUAUUAGUUCAUGAGAUAGGGAGUAUUGGAAGCAUUAAAAAAUGCAAAAUGCAUGACUUGUUGAGAGACUUCUGCUUGAGAGAAGCUCAGAAAGAAAGGUUUUACACUGUGGUCGGAAGAUCACCUAUUCCAAACACCCGACGCAGCAUUGUUAUUCCCAGCACAUCAAUGGAGGAAGCCUCACAUGCCCUGCAUUCAAUGCCACAAGCUCGUUCUCUGAUAUGGGGUCUCAAAGAAAAACCACCUUCGCUGAGUUUGAGAUUGCUAAGGAUUUUUGAAUCUACCAACUCUUGCCCUUAUCAAGAAACUAUGCUUCAGUUGGUUAAUUUGCGGCGUGUUGCUGGCAUCUCUAUCAGAGAGGAGAGCUUAGUUUCUUCAAUCCAUCGAUUUUGGAAUCUAGAAACUCUGAUCAUUGAAGGAGACGGCUCAAAGUAUGCUUUGCCAGCUGAGGUUUGGUGCAUGCCUCAAAUUAGACAUAUCCACUUCAAAAAUGUCCAUCUCCUGGAUCCUGAUACUAGCCGUGUUGAUGAUGCUGAUAUCAUCUUACGAAACUUGCUCAGCUUAAAGAAUAUAACGAAUUUCAGGUGCAGCGAUGAUGUGGUUAAGAGAAUUCCCAAUAUCAAGAAACUGGGAAUAAAUUAUACUGAAGUCGAUGAGAGGUUGCAUACCGACAAUCUAGUUUGUUUGGAGAAACUCGAGUCCUUGAAGUGCAGAUUUCCUACCUUGAAGCGUGAUUCUCUGGAGAGCAUCAACUUCCCUCAUUCGCUCAAGAAGUUGAAACUACGAUUGUGGUACUCCCCGUUUUGGCAAGACAUCUUGGAAAAGAUAGGUAGUUUGCCCCAUCUUGAGAAACUGAAGCUGGAUUCAGGCAGAUUUGAAGGACGUAAGUGGGAAACAGUUGAAGGGCAGUUCCGCAGUCUAAAAUUCUUGGAAAUUUCCCGCUCUAAUCUUGUAGAAUGGACCAUGGAAAGCUCCCACUUUCCACGCCUUGAGCAGCUUGUUCUUAGAAGAUUACAGAAUUUGUACGAGAUCCCUUUAGAUAUUGCAGAAAUACCCACACUUGGAUUGAUUUACUUUGUAUUUGGCCACACUCAUGCUCUCUAUUCUCUCAAAAGGAUAGUAGAAUUACAAGAUGAAUUAUAUGGGAAAGUAGACCUUCAAGUCCUACUCAGACUUAAAGGUUACGCCUUUGAAACCGAUGCCGAACUGGAGUGUAGAAAAAGUCCCUACAUUCGAUUGGAAUACGGGCGUAGGUAGAGCAUGGAGGAGGCACGCCACGAUAGAGUAUAUUGGAACAAAUGAUGUCGGUAAUGUGUCUUCUCUUUUCUCAUUUUCAAUUCCUUUCAAAUUUAUUAAUAUUUACACUUUUUUUGUUGGAAUAUAAAGUAAAUAUUUGAUGGACAUACUAUUUUUAUUUAUUUGAUAUGUGAUUGUGGACGUCUGCACGACUGAUUUGUUUUUAUUCACACCUCCAUUUAAUCAACCAUUUUGUGCGAAGGAAUGCUACUCUAGAUUUCUCUACACUUGCACAUUUCUAACUUCUUCUUGAACCAUUCUUCUAGUCAUUUCUUUGUAUUCUAGAUAUUUUGUUUGCUAUUUAGUUAUUUUUUAUACAAUAAAAUCUUCUCUUUUAGCUUUAUAAAUCAAAUUUUAUAUAUUUCCUUCAACACAUUGUCCUUUUUAUAGCUGGUAUGUUAUGUUUCGUAAUUGGAUGGGUAUUAAUUAAUGUUGCAGAUAUUUGGGAUAUUAGACCAUUGUAUUACAUUUGAAAUGACGAUGUGAUAGUUUAGUUGCAUGUUUUAGGCUGUGAAUAAUUAAAUGAAAAUGAGUCCAAAUGAGUUUGUAUAUAGUACCUCAUAUAUGCAUUUUGUAAUAUAAAUGAUAACAAGAAAAAAGAAAAUAGACGUCUUUAAUAACCAUCUCAUACAUUGUGUUACAUUGUGACAAGCUGGAAAAUAAGGUAGAAGCAGAAAUUGUUUUUAUUUUUGGUUUUAUUUAUUUAUAUUAUUUGGUUGAUUGAUGCAGGUGCAGAAUUUUACCGGGGAGCACAGUAAACCAGAGCUUGAUUUAGUGAUGAUCUAUUUUAUUUACAUUUGGCUUCUUGUUUGUUCAUAUUUCUAUUGGUAUAAUGGUAUUGUUGUCGAACAAGUAAUUUUAUAGGUUUAUGAAUUUUAUUUAGAGACUUCAUUUUAAAUUA